CCCCGUUCCUCGAAGAACAGUGCAACGUAGAACAAUCGACGAAUGUGCGAACAUUGACCAUGUUAAAUGUCGCGUCUUUCGAACGAUGCGUCUUAGAGCUGAUAGCGAAUUCUUUGAACGCGGACGCCUCGGCAAUUGCCGUAAGAAUUCAUGCGGGGAAACGCGAAAUUCACGUUGUCGACAAUGGCGUUGGUAUACCGAAAGACGUGCUAAAACGUACCGUGAAAUGUGACGCAGAAGCCGUGGGCAAUCGGCAACAGGUACGCGAACUGCCCGAAACGAACUAUCUGACGAAUAUCUGCCUUCUGUCCGACCGUCUUACGAUUGCUUCGAGGUAUCAGUAUUCUACGGAGACAUUCAUGAAGGCGUUCGAAAUGGGUUUUGCGCUCAAUUUGAAGCAAAUAGAGCAGAGACCUUCGCGUGGCACGACAGUGUCUAUUUACGGCCUCCACGAAAUAUCGCCGCGUAAAAUGUGGGAUAUGUCAGCAGUUUGUUUUCUUAUUGCGGCUAUUGCUGUUACAAAGUUAGAAGUGUCGUUCUCGAUUAGAGAUGAGGAACGGAAGAAGGUUGUUUUAAGAAUUGCGAAACCGCAUAGCCCGGCCGAAGUUCUGAGAACGCUGUUUGGGAAGGAUCUGUCGUUGCGUAAUGUAUGGUCGAUACAAUGCAGUCCCGAGAGUGGCGCGAAUUAUCACGGUUACGUGGGAUUAUCUGAUAAAAACGCGAUGCAGUGGUUUUUUUUUAAUCACAGGCCGAUCUAUUGCCCUCUUAUUCUGAAUUUGAUUAAGAUCGUCUUCAAGGAAAGGCUCAACUUAUCUUGCGAUCAAGAAUCCAACACUCGCGAUUUAUACAACGAAAAUAUGUUUAUCCUGUUUUUCCUUACGCUCUCACGGAAGGAAUUCACGCUUGUUACCGAAAGCGGAGAGAGAUACAUCAUGUUUUAUAAUAUGCAGAAGAUAUUAAAUGUCAUUAAAAACUGCGCCUUCAAAUGUCUCGCGGACGAAGCUGUAGUUUCUAUCCCUUAUUUAUGUAAAAAAACGCAGCUGUUAAAGCGAACAUAUUUGAAGAUAGAAAAAUCUGUUUUUAACAACGGUAUCAAUGGACGGUAUCAAGGAACGACGUCAGAGAACGUUCAGGGUAAAAAUGUUCCAUAUUCGAUGAUGAGAAACGAGAGCGCUAUGAUUAGCGUUAAAAGAAGGAAAAUUACAUCAACAGUUACAUCGACCAAUUGUUUUAAUAAACAGCCUAUAAAUGAUAAUACUGAAGCCGCCAGCCGUUAUAUAGACAAGAGAAAUAAUAUAUUAAAUAAUAUCCGAUGCCAAGUAAACGUUGCUUCUGUAAAACGUGCAAAUUUGUAUGAGGAUAAAGCUGUAAAGAAAAUGCGUAAUGGCGUUGAUGAAAUGCAAAGGAGUUCCAUGAAUGUAACAGAUAAUUCUAGUAAAUCCGAUAAAAAUCACAAUCAUCGUAAUGACGAUAAUAAUGAUUUCACAAACAUGAUCUCUCCCCUUUCCGAAUGGUCGAACUGGACCUAUUAUACAAAUAAUGAGAAACGCGAUUCUGCGAAAAAGAUGAAUGACACAUUUUCCGAAAAUGACAUACGUAUCCGACAACUUUUCGAACGUAACAAUCAAUUUGAUUUUCUGCCACGAAAAUUGUACGGCCUGCUGCAGCACCGUCACGUUAAAUUGACAAACGUAAAGUGCUUUGACAGUCCUAACGAUACGAUUCCGCGUAAGAGCCCAUUUAUAGAAAACUGGCAACAUGAGCAGAUAGCGGUGCAUCCUUGCAAGAUGAAGCGAAAAUUAUGCGAAUUUAGAUUAUCACGGGCGUCAUUGAAGUGUAUAAAAAUCAUUAAUCAAGUUAAUGAUGAAUUUAUUGCCGCGUGGAUGACGUGGAAUGAAAUGAAAAUUCUAUUAAUGAUCGACCAACAUGCCGCUCAUGAAAGAAUACGUUAUGAAAAUUUACUUCUUAGGUACAAAGUACAAAACGAGGACGAGUUGCUCUCUAUUAAUUUGCGCGAGCCCCUAUUCAUGGAAUUCCCUACAGAAAUGUGCAAUUCACUCAUACGCAAUAAAAUGUUAUUGAGAAAAUAUGGCAUAAGUUUGGGAUCGUCGAAGGAAAAUAUGCUAAUAAUACGCGCGAUACCGCAAUGUUUGAUUACUAAUAGUGAUCCCAGCAACAGCGAAAAGAUACUGCCAAAGAUUCUUGGAUUAUUAAACGAUGUGUUAAAGAAUUGUAACACAAGUCAAACGAACGCAUUACCGUUAACUAUUCAUAAUGCUAUAGCAUCGGAGGCUUGCCAUGGUGCCAUUAAAUUCGGCAAUAGACUGACUUUGCAGCAGUGUACGAGCCUCAUAAAAUUGUUGAAUUAUACGAAAUUUCCCAAUCGAUGUGCACACGGACGACCGACUAUAAUACCCAUGAUCGAAUUUUCGGAAUUAGGAAAAAGGAGUGCCAGAAUACCUGAGAAAAAAUUGAACUUUACAUCCUUGAAGAGGACUACUAAAAGAGGUAAAAAGAAUUGAAGUAA